CACUAAAAACGUUUAGAAGCACAGCAACAUUAUUUCAAUUGGCCCCCAAAUAAUUUAAUUUGAACCAACCCAUCAAUUAUAACAAUUUUUAGCGAGCCAACUGUCAAAAUUUUCUUUUCAAUUCAACUCAAAAAUCAAAUUAUGGUUGCAGCAACAUCUUCUUUUGCUGUAGGGAAGUGCAUUACUCGGUUUCUUGACUUAGAACCACAAAGACACCACUAUCAAUCAUGUUCAUUAUCAAUUAGUAUGUCUAUGAAUGGGUGCCAAGGUGACCCCAAAAUUCCACUAGGGGUCGUCGAAACUCGAACUCUACCUUCGGUUCCAUCACCGGCUCAAGCCUUGGACCGUCUUAAAUAUACCAUUUCCGACUUAAGGUCUAACCAACCAUACUCGAAUUUCCCCUCCGGUCUCAUCCGCAUCCAGGUACCAAUAGAGCAAGAGAUAGAAGCCAUAGAUUGGCUUCAUUCACAAGACCACCGCCAGCAACUCCCUCGCCUUUUCUUCUCCGGUAGACGUCAAUUCAACGGCUCUGAUUUCAUCGGCGGCAACUACAAUGGUAAAAUCAACGGCCAUGAUCUCAUCAGCGUCGCAGGUUUAGGUGCUGCCGUUCAUUUUCAGCAUUUUCGCCCUUUCUCCUUUGAUGACUGGAGAUCAAUUAAAAGGUUCCUGUCAAAAAAUUGUCCUUUGAUUCGUGCAUAUGGGGCGAUUCGAUUUGAUGCAAAAGUUGAUAUAUCGAAAGAAUGGGAGCCUUUUGGCUCCUUCUACUUUAUGGUUCCUCAGGUUGAGUUCAAUGAAUUCGAAGGAAGGUCCCUGUUGGCUGCCAAUGUUGCAUGGGAUAAUGGCCUUUCAUGCCCUUGGGAAUCAGCAAUUGAUUCCCUUCAAGCAACCUUGGACCAGGUCAAUUUUGUCAUCUUCAAGUCAGAGAAGAAAUUUCCUAAAACUACCAUUAGGGCCGAUAUAUUGCACAUCCCUGAUGAGGAAAAUUGGGUGAUUGCUGUUACAAAAGCAUUGAAGAUGAUCAGAAGCAGCUCAGCUCUCACAAAGGCUGUACUUGCACGUAGUAGCAGAAUCUUUACUACUUCUGAUAUUGACCCGCUAGCAUGGUUAGCUUGUUUACAGGCAGAGGGGGAUAAUGCUUACCAGUUCUUGCUUCAGCCACCCAAUGCACCAGCUUUCAUUGGAAACACUCCAGAGCAGCUGUUUCACCGAAAGAAGCUUAACAUUUGGAGUGAAGCUUUGGCUGGAACCCGAGCCAUAUGUGGAUCAGAGAUUUUGGAUCAUAAAACAGCAUUGGAUCUUCUCUCCAGCCCAAAAGACAACUUAGAGUUUACAAUUGUAAGGCAGUGUAUCAAGAAGAAACUUGAGUCUGUUUGUAACUCAGUGUUAGUGGAUCCACAGAAGGCAAUUCGAAAGCUUCCCAGAGUACAACAUCUGUAUGCUAAUUUAAAAGGAAGAUUAAGAAGUGAAGAUGAUGAGUUUGAGAUUUUAUCUUCUCUUCACCCAAGUCCAGCUGUGUGUGGAUUUCCAGCUGAAGAUGCACGUUGCCUUAUUGCAGAAACUGAAAUGUUCGACCGAGGAAUGUAUGCUGGCCCUAUUGGUUGGUUUGGAGGCGAAGAAGCUGAAUUUGCAGUUGGGAUCAGGUCUGCUUUAGUAAAGAAGGGUCUUGGUGCUUUCUUUUAUGCUGGAACUGGAAUUGUUGAGGGAAGUGAUCCUUCCUUAGAGUGGGAAGAAUUAGAGCUGAAAACUAUGCAGUUCACCAAGUUGUUGAGACUUGAGGUACCUCUCUUGCAUACCGUGACAUGACUUCAGUAAUUUUGUUCAACAGGAGCCAAUUUUUGUGGAUUUUGGACUCUUCAUCAUUGUGGAUCUUGAAAUCGACUUAAUUCAUUAAUUGGUGAUAUACCAAGCCAUGCAUAUACUGUGAACUACAUUUCUGCAACAAGGUUCGAAUUUUUAUCUGUGAAGGUUUCAAUCACUUUCCGCAUCUUUGCAUAGAAUUGUGAAUCAAGCUGGAAACUGUGGAAAUCGGGUGAAGCAGCAAAAAGGGUUAAGAAUCAAACAUUAGAAUACACAGCAAUUACAUAAAUGAUAUUUACAAGCUUAGUUGUUAAACAUGUCUUGUAAAUUAGUGCAUCUUCCCCUGUCCACAAGCAUAUGGUAUGUAAGUUUUAUAGAACAGGCUGUUGAUUAUUUUCUUGUUUGAUUACCUUAGAAGUAUGUAACAUUGUAAGAAAACAUUCUUGAUUACAUGUGAUUUAUAAUUGAUUGAAUAUUUUCACUAUGAAAUUGGCAACAUGUCACUUUCUU